UGCCAACCCUUCCCCAACGCAGGAAGCCAGGGGGGCACCUGAAAGGAGGGCAGUCGAAAUGGAAACAUCCUCCAGUGCUUCUCUGCUGAUCCCCGGGACCCCACUGAGGAGGCCCCUCAGCAACAGGGGACCCCCAAGGCCUAGCGGGGAGGCAGGAGAAGGCGGGCCAGCCACUGAGCCACGCUUCUGAGCUUGUAAGGGCACCUCCCGAGCCCCUCACCUUCCCACGCUGAGGCGACCCCAUAUCCUCGACCGAUGAUCCGGCCCGGGCGCUGCCCUCCACGGUCUAGAGUGGCGACCCAGCUUUGAGAUUGGCGCGCCUUGAGCCCUUCCUCCGGAUGUCCCGCAGUCCGUCCACCCCGCACGAUUCCUGUCAGCCUACGCACGGCGGGCUCCGGUCAGGUGGAGGUUCAGCAGAUGGGCUUCCAAAGGUUGGGUCCGUUGCCCACGCGUAGGAAAGAAGAAAAAAGGAAAGAAACUUUUUUGAAUCUUGCCUGCGGUCGCCCGCCCUACCUGCCUAACCUGCUGUCUUGGCUGACCCCAGAACAACUGCGCCACGAGUCGGAGUCCAGGCGAGGAAAUCCGCAGGGUUUUUCGAGCAAGCCUGGGGCCCAGAGCAGGGGUACGCGGGUCAACUCAACAGAUACAAGGCAGUGGCGAACCCCAUUUCAGCUAGCGGUACCCAGCCUCAGUAGAGUCACUGCCCUAACCCAAUAUGGCGGCCCACACCGCUUCCGUCGCUGCUGUAGCCGCUUCCUGCGGCCGGCCCGGGUUCAAUCAGCGGCCGACAACUGUCUAGGGCUCAGACACCACCAGCCAAUGAGGGAGGGUAGCGUGGAGCCGCCCGUCUGGGCUCCACGGCUUAUGGACCAAUGGAGAUGUGGCGUGUGGGAGGGCGCGGAGCCCCCCGCCAAUGGGGAGCUACGGCGCGCGGCCGGGACUUGGAGGCGGUGCGGCGCGGCGGGUGCGGUUUAGUCGGUCGGCGGCGGCAGCGGCGGAGGAGGAGGAGGAGGAUGUGGGCUACGCAGGGGCUGGCGGUGGCGCUGGCUCUGAGCGUGCUGCCGGGCGGCCGGGCGCUGCGGCCAGGCGACUGCGAAGUUUGUAUUUCUUAUCUGGGAAGAUUUUACCAGGACCUCAAAGACAGAGAUGUCACAUUCUCACCAGCCACUAUUGAAAACGAGCUUAUAAAGUUCUGCCGAGAAGCAAGAGGCAAAGAGAAUCGGUUGUGCUACUAUAUCGGGGCCACAGAUGAUGCAGCCACCAAAAUCAUCAAUGAGGUAUCAAAGCCUCUGGCCCACCACAUCCCUGUGGAGAAGAUCUGUGAGAAGCUUAAGAAGAAGGACAGCCAGAUCUGUGAGCUAAAGUAUGACAAGCAGAUCGACCUGAGCACAGUGGACCUGAAGAAGCUCCGAGUUAAAGAGCUGAAGAAGAUUCUGGAUGACUGGGGGGAGACAUGCAAAGGCUGUGCAGAAAAGUCUGACUACAUCCGGAAGAUAAAUGAACUGAUGCCUAAAUAUGCCCCCAAGGCAGCCAGUGCACGGACUGAUUUGUAGUCUGCUCAAUCUCUGUUGCACCUGAGGGGGAAAAAACAGUUCAACUGCUUGCUCCCAAAACAGCCUUUUUGUAAUUUAUUUUUUAAGUGGGUUCCUGACAAUACUGUAUCAGAUGUGAAGCCUGGAGCUUUCCUGAUGAUGCUGGCCCUACAGUACCCCCAUGAGGGGAUUCCCUUCCUUCUGUUGCUGGUGUACUCUAGGACUUCAAAGUGUGUCUGGGAUUUUUUUAUUAAAGAAAAAAAAUUUCUAGCUGUC